AUGUUUAGACAAUCUCGACUACUAACCAAUAAAAUAUCAAUCAGAAGGCUACAGAUUCAGCAAAGAAGAAAUAUCAAAUUAUCCGCAAAUACAUUAUCUGGUUUAAGAUCAUAUGGUCCAAUAGUCAAUGGUAUAGCAGCAGUUUACGCUGGAGGUUUAAUAGUUACAUUAGGAUCACUAUAUUUCUUGUACAAAGAUGCAAAUGAAAGACAAAAGAUACCAUUUGAAUUAACAUUUCAAGAUCAAAUUGAAGCAGUUAAAGCUGUAAACAAAGAUGACGUACUACAAAAACCAAGGUAUGCUGUUAAACACUACAGAAAGCUUUUAUUCAAUUUAGCUAAAGAAGUUGAUCCAACUUUAAAAGAAGAAAAUUUUGGGAAAUAUGAAAUACCUAUAAUUGAUGCUGAAACUUUAGUUUUUAAAAAAUCUAAUAAAUUUUCAAAUUUUUAUAUUGAUUUAAUUUUGAGAUAUAGUAAAGCAUUAUUGGCAAAAGGGGAAUUAGAUGAAUCUAUAAACACAUUGAGAAAGAUCAUAGAUAAUGAUUUAAUCUUCUAUAAACUUGGUGAUGCCGAAAGAUUGUCAGAAAGUAGUAGAAUGUUAGCAAGAGUUUAUCAAAAUCCUAAAGAUAAAAUUGACGCAUUAGAAAGAUCAAUUGAUAUGUUAAGUCAUACAUAUUCAUCAAUUCAAUUAAAUAAAGAUUAUACAUUAAAAGACAAUAGUAAAAUAUCAGAUGAGUUAAUAAACUGUCUAAAUGAUUUAGCUUUCCAAUUUGCAAAAGAAUCACAAUCAUCAACUUUGAAAAAAGAAUUAUUAAAUCAAUCAUUAGCCAUAUAUUUAUCAAACUUAAAGACUUUAUCAUCAAUUCAAGAAAAAAUACUAUCCAAAACAUCAAAUCAAAUGCAUUAUCCAUUAUAUAAUGUGUCACCAGAGAAUUUAGAAUUUCAAAUUUCAUCCAUAAAAGCUCAUAUUGCAGAGAUUCUAUGGGCUCAAAAUUACAAACAAGAAUCAAUUCAAUGGAACGAAGAGCUUUUGAAGGAUUUAUACUAUAAAAAUGCUACUUCUUCCAAUUUAAAUCAAGUGUUGAGUAAAUCUUUGGAUAAUUUAAUAAAUUCUUACGCUAUAUUGAAGAAACCACAAGAUAUAGAACGAUGUCAGGACUUGAAAAAGGGAGUUAAAAAGUUUGUAGCCACAGGUAAAGUUGAUGAUAACGGGACUAGUGACUGGUAUGAAAGUAUAGUUAGAAAAUGGUCAACUAUCAUAUAUGAUCAAGGUCCAUUAGGUAUAAUAUUGAAACCGUUACAAGAAAGGUAUGGACCAGGUCAAAAACUGAGAGAAUUGGAAGAAAUUGAGAAAGAAGAUGAAGUGUAA